UAUCAACUAAUGAACGAGGAAAACAUGGGAAAAGCUUAAAUCUUGUUAAAUUUUGGGCUGCUAUUUUCGGUUCUAAGCUCAGGACUAGCUGCUGUCAUAAAUGCUAAGGGAUUACUAAUAAAACAAAUGUUGAUCUCAAAGAUGUUGGAGAAUAUAUGAAAUCGAAAAUGCAAUGCAUGAAUUUGGCACCUUUUCGCAAAGAUUUCCAGAAAUUUGAAAUGGAUCAAGACACCUGGAGUGCUAAAGGCAACGUUAGCAAUUUAAUGCUGGAAGGUCUCAAUAAAUUCGAUAUUAUUGACUUGACUUGGAAUACUACUAAUAACCAGUUUAAAUUUGAGUUUAAUUUUCCCAAACUUAAAAUUUUAAGUUCGUAUAAGAUAAAUGGCGUCUACAACAAAACUGCUACACCGAAAACAAUCUUUGGUAAUGGUCUUUUCCGUUUAGAACUUAUCGAUCUUAAUAUAAAAGGCAAUUUCAUAUUGGUACCAGUGCUAGAGGGCAAGCUUUAACUGUAGCCAAUUUUACCACCAAAAUGAAGCUAAAAGAAUCCCAUUCUACAAGUACUGGUUUUAUGAAUAGUAGCAAAGCAACGGAAGUAGUAUUAAUUAUUCGGUAGAGGAAAAUUGUUAAUUUAUUAAUUGUUGAACAGCAAUUCAGUAACUUACUAAAGUCGGCUGUGGAAUUAACUACGAAAAACGGGCCUAUUAACGCAACUCUGUCAGACUUGAAAUCUUAUGUAGAAUUUGUAAAGACAAAGACAGUGCCAAAAGAACAAUUGUGUAAUACUAAUGGAAAUGACAAUAAAACUGGAGUUCUAUGGCAACAGAACUGGAGUUCUAGCAUAAAUAUGGACAAAGAAAGAGACCAAAAAACAACUCAAAAUACUUAGUAAUUUUAUUAAAUAAUCUGGAUGUUUAAAAUCUAUAUAA